UGCACCACGCGGGCCUCGAAAAAAAGGGCACAGAGGCCAUAAGAUAUGGAGGAAGGGCUGUUGAUAAGGUUUAAAAACAAAAAGCCAGCGGCUUCUGCACGUGAUUGACAAGCAGCAGAUUACUUCCCUUGUUGGGACUAGUGUUCCAGUCCAGACUCUUGGCCUUAGUCUAGUUUGGGGGAUGGAUGGAUGGAUGGGUCGACUGACCGCGGGACUGUGGUCGGGCGGGUGGGAUGGGUUGCAGGACCUCCGGCAGAUACCAAAAUCCGCGGUGUUUAAGUCCCCUAGUCAGCGCUCGGUAUCCGCCGGUUCCGCAGCCGCGGAUUCAACCGACCACGGAGAGGGUAGUACUAUGUUUACGAUCCUCGGAUCCAGGAUGCGGCGGGCCAACUGUAUAUACUACUUGACCCUUGGGUGCGAAAGCGCCCAGCCCCAGGGCAUCCUAGAACGUUUAAACUCGGGAGAGGUUGUCAUUGGCGAUGGAGGGUUUGUCUUUGCCCUGGAGAAGAGGGGCUAUGUUAAGGCAGGUCCCUGGACCCCAGAGGCUGCCGUGGAGCACCCGGAAGCAGUUCGCCAGCUUCAUCGAGAGUUCCUCAGAGCUGGAUCGAAUGUCAUGCAGGCCUUUACCUUUUAUGCGAGUGAGGACAAGCUGGAGAACAGGGGAAACUACGUUGCCGAGAAAAUAUCCGGGAAGAAAGUCAACGAAGCAGCUUGCGACAUUGCCCGGCAAGUGGCUGAUGAGGGAGACGCGUUGGUGGCAGGAGGAGUGAGCCAGACGCCUUCGUACCUUAGCUGCAAGAGCGAGACUGAAGUGAAAAAAGUCUUUGAGCAGCAGCUGGAGGUCUUUCUAAAGAAGAACGUGGACUUCCUGAUUGCAGAGUAUUUUGAACACGUUGAAGAGGCUGUGUGGGCAGUUGAAGCCUUGAAAGCAUCUGGGAAACCAGUGGCAGCGACCAUGUGCAUCGGCCCGGAGGGCGAUUUGCACGGCGUGAGCCCUGGCGAGUGCGCCGUGCGCCUGGUUAAAGCAGGGGCGUCCAUCGUUGGCGUGAACUGCCAUUUUGACCCCACAAUUAGUUUACAAACAGUGAAGCUCAUGAAAGAAGGCUUGGAGGCUGCCCGACUGAAAGCCCACCUGAUGAGUCAGCCUUUGGCCUACCACACUCCCGACUGCAACAAACAGGGGUUUAUCGAUCUGCCAGAAUUCCCCUUCGGACUGGAGCCCAGAGUCACAACGAGAUGGGAUAUUCAAAAAUAUGCCAGAGAGGCCUACAACCUGGGGGUCAGGUACAUUGGCGGGUGCUGUGGAUUUGAACCCUACCACAUCAGGGCGAUUGCAGAGGAGCUGGCCCCAGAAAGGGGCUUUUUGCCACCAGCUUCAGAAAAGCAUGGCAGCUGGGGAAGCGGUUUGGACAUGCACACCAAACCGUGGAUUCGAGCCAGGGCCAGGAAGGAAUACUGGGAAAAUCUCCGGAUAGCCUCCGGCAGGCCAUACAACCCUUCACUGUCAAAGCCUGACGCCUGGGGAAUGACCAAGGGAACAUCCGAGCUGAUGCAGCAGAAAGAAGCCACAACUGAGCAGCAGCUCAGAGAGCUUUUCGAAAAACAGAAAUUCAAAUCUGCACAGUAGCCUUCGUGGAAGCUGUUUUGGGUGACUUCCUUUACGGUUGGGCCACAGCUCCUAGAAAUACAGAAAAAGAUAGUUAAAAAGCAAUGCUUGUGCUAACGCCAGCCUACACAUAAAGCUGGUACUAGCUGAACAAAAUAGAAUUACAAAUAGCGCUUGACAAUUUUAAAAGUAUGUUUUAGAAGUUUACUUAGAAGCAAAAUCAGUAAGGAGCGAACCUUAAGUAGGUUUACUGAUUACUCACCGUGUGUAAGGUAUUAAGGGAAUCUCUGCGGCCAAGGAAAAGUAAUUGGACAUUAAUCCGCCUUCAGGAAGUUCGCCUGGUAGUAAGGAGGAGGAGGAGGCGUGAGCUGUCAUAAGUGGCUCAGGGCCAGACAGGGACAGAUAGAGUGCUACAGGGAAGUGACUUCCAAGCUCUCUUGAACACGACCCUCAGCAAGAAACACAAUUUAUAUAAUGACCCAGUAAAACAUAUAAUAUACAACCACUGAAAUAAAAUGUGUGAUCGAUUCUGGUAUUUUCUAUUCCAUUCCUUUCCGUCCUGUUUCAUUAACAAAACAUGCUGGCUGAGACCCUUGGAACUGACCUUAUGACCCAUCGAUGAGUUUUGACCCAUAGUUUGAAAAACACUGCUAUGGGACACUUCGGAUAUAGGCACUUUGGUAUUUCUUCAAGUUUAUUCUUAGAAGAUCAGUCGUAUGGAACAUAAAGUCCAGAGUCCUGCUCUCAGAGUUCCAGAGGUGUUCUCUCUCCUCGCUGACCCAUUCCUACUGCUAAGAAACACACAGACUCAUCUAGGUGUCCUGCUCAAAACUGGAUCCACCCAAAGGCCUCCAAAGGGUAAGGCUGAGGAGCAGUGAGCCUGUGUUACUUUGGUAGCUUAAAAAUAGUAUAAUAAAGGAAAAAUAGAGUUCUCCAAACUCUAUGCAGGUUUCUUAGAUUGAGAGCUAUGAUAUUUUCACAUAAUGUCUACUCUCCUAUGAGAGCUCAAGGCUGAAGAUGCAAGACCAUUAGAAUAAACAUGGCUAGCCACUCUUACUGUACUAGAAAAGGGUUCAUGCUGCUUUCUAAACAUCCUUGGAUGGGUUUAGCUGUUUUGAAACUAAUUUUUUUCAGCUAUUAAAAGAGAGGAGCUAUUGGUUGUAUUUGAUUCUUAAUUUUGUUCCAUAAUUAAAGUCCUAUGUGAAAUCUCUAUA